AUGGACGAAGGCAUUGGAAUGUUGCUCCUCUUGGAGGACAAGAAGAAGUUGACCAUUGGAAUUGACGAACUGGAGCUCAACGACCCUGCUGCAAACAAGUCAACUCGCUCCUCCUGUGCUCCUUUCUCUGGCAAAUCCGCUCCCAACAAUAGCAUACCCUUCUACAACGUCCUUUGGGCUGAGCUCUCCAACGACCAGAUCAUAAUCGACUAUGCUCACCACGCUUCGAAGACAUUGAUCAAGCCUAAGAAAUGGGUCUUCACGCUUGCCAAGGACGACGAGUCGACCAGCGGUACACCAGCAGAGAUCUUCGUCAAGACCCUCAUGACACGCGCCUACGGUGAUGCGCAGUCUCAGAAACGCGCCUACGUGCUGAUCAACCCGAACUCCGGUCCCGGUGGUGCUAUCAAGCAGUGGGAGACUGAGGUGAAGCCGCUCUUCCAGGCGGCAAAGAUGCAGAUUGACCCCGUGAUAUUGAAGCACGGUGGAGAAGCCGUUGAACUGGCGCAAAACGCCGACCUGUCCAGAUACGAUACUAUCAUGGCAUGUUCUGGUGAUGGAACGCCACACGAGAUUUUCAACGGCCUUGCUAAGCGACCUGAUGCUGCCAGAGCGCUUUCUACGAUGCCUGUCAGCCAUAUCCCUUGUGGUUCGGGAAAUGCAUUCUCUUGUAACUUGUACGGAUCUCAUCGACCUUCUUUCGCUGCACUUGCCAUCAUCAAGGGUGUCGUGACCCCGAUGGACUUGGUGUCAGUCACCAGUGGUCACAACCGCAUCAUUUCGUUCCUCUCCCAGACGCUCGGCCUCAUAGCCGAGUGUGAUCUUGGCACGGAACAUAUGCGAUGGAUGGGCAGUGCGCGUUUCGAGGUCGGUGUCGUUCAGCGCAUGUUUAAGAAGAAGUGUUAUCCCUUUGAUCUGGCUGUCAAGGUGGAGAUUGAAGACAAAAGCGAUGUCAAGGCUCAUUACAAACAUCACGCGAGCUCCACGAGCCUGAAUCAUCUAGCUAAGAAGCUUGAUGCAGACCCUGUGGCUGAAGAUGCAGGUUUGCCGCCGUUGAAGUAUGGCACGAUCCAAGACAAUCUCCCCGAAGGAUGGGAGCUGAUCCCCUAUGACAAGGUUGGCACAUUCUACGCCGGUAACAUGGCUUAUAUGUCACCCGAUGCUCCCUUCUUCGCUGCCUCUCUCAUCUCGGAUGGUUUGAUGGACCUCGUCACUAUUGAUGGUGAUCUGCCUUUCUUCACAGCUAUCAAGGUCCUUCUUGAUGUUGAAGCUGAGAAACUUUUUGACAACCCUCAUGUCACCUACAAGAAGAUCUCAGCUUACCGCAUCAUUCCUCGAGAUCAAGAGGAUGGCUAUAUCAGCAUUGAUGGUGAGAAGUGCCCAUUCGGACCUUUCCAGGCCGAGAUCCACCAGGGCCUUGGGCGAGUAAUCUCCAAGUCUGGCAAGUAUGAGGCCGCGGGACCCAAGAACUGGGACAAGGUGACACUAGCCGACCGCAUCCAUGGAUGA